CUCCCUCCCUUUCCCUCUCUCUCUCCGCCAUCGCCAGGCUCCUCUUUCCAGGGCCCACCAUCAUCCUCUUUCCCCUCACAGUAUCUGGCGGCCUCCUCCUCCUCCUCUUUUGUGUGUAGUAUCCCCUCCUCCUCCUGCUCCCUGCUGCUGCUGCUGCUGCUGGAGCCGGCGUUGCCUGGGCGCCUCCUCUUGGCCCUCUCUGGCGGCGGCGGCGGGCAAUGGCGGGAGGCGCCUCUAGCCCUCGCUCUCCUUCUCCUUGGUCCCUAGUCUGGGGGCCUCUGGGGCGCGGCUGAGGGGCCAUGCCUCCUGAGGGCCCAGGGAAGGAGCCAUGUAGGGCCGGCCCUGGCCCUACUCGCAGUGUUAUAAGACUUCUCUCACCUGUGGAUAUCCAUGUAGCUGAUAUUGAUCCCUAAGAGUCACAAACAGCAUCCUUUAUGCAGGGACCAACAGAAGUUAUAUGGCUCAUAUCUGACAUCAUGCACCACCGGUGGCUGCUGUUAGCUGCAUGCUUUUGGGUAAUAUUCAUGUUCAUGGUUGCUAGCAAGUUCAUCACCUUGACUUUCAAAGAUCCUGAUGUGUAUGGUGCCAAGCAAGAGCCAUUAAUACUGACAGCUAUAACUGAAAUAGAAAAAGUCCAUGUGACAGAAGAGAAGAGGUUGCCUGGAGAACUUCAGACAAUAGGAAGAGCUCUGUCUGAAGACCUUGUACAUCAACCUCUGGUCCAUAUGGAAAGGCUUGAGCUACUCAGGAAUGUGUGCCAAGAUGCAUCACUGAGAAACCUCACCCACACUGCUGUUUCAAAGUUUGUUUUGGAUCGAAUAUUUGUUUGUGACAAGCACAAGAUCCUCUUCUGUCAAACUCCAAAAGUUGGCAAUACACAGUGGAAGAAAGUCUUGAUCGUUUUAAAUGGAGCUUUUUCUUCCAUAGAGGACAUCCCAGAGAAUGUUGUGCAUGACCAUGAGAAGAAUGGUCUUCCACGAUUAUCUUCCUUUAGUGACUCUGAAAUUCAAAAACGNCUGAAAUUAUACUUCAAGUUCUUUAUUGUAAGGGAUCCAUUUGAGAGGCUCAUUUCUGCAUUUAAAGAUAAGUUUGUCCACAAUCCUCGAUUUGAGCCUUGGUAUCGUCACGAAAUUGCUCCUGGCAUCAUUCGAAAAUAUAGAAAGGAUCGCACUGAAACCAGAGGACUGCAAUUUGAGGACUUUGUGCGCUACUUGGGUGAUCCAAAUCAUCGAUGGCUAGACUUACAAUUUGGAGACCACAUAAUUCAUUGGGUAACCUAUGUAGAACUUUGUGCCCCCUGUGAAAUAACAUACAGCGUAAUUGGACAUCAUGAAACACUGGAGGAGGAUGCACCAUAUAUCUUGAAGGAAGCAGGCAUAGACCAUCUGGUAUCUUAUCCCACAAUUCCACCUGGCAUAACAGUGUACAAUAAAACCAAGGUAAAACGCUAUUUCUCAGGAAUAAGCAAGAGAGACAUACGACGACUUUAUGCCCGGUUUGAAGGAGAUUUUAAUCUUUUUGGCUACCAAGAACCAGAUUUCUUACUAAACUGAUACCUAGAAGCUGUGGAUAAAUGGGUCUUGUAGAUUCAACUGAAAUGUACAAAUAAUCUUCUGCAUAAUAAAAGCUCAUGGUACUGUACUUUUUCCCUAGGUUUGAAGAAUUGUUCCAUAUAUCUCUUGAAUAUCUGCCAUAGGAUCAACUAGGGACUGCAAGUUGUUAGCUACUGAAAAUAGUUUUAAUACAUGGCAUUACGAUAUGUUACAAGUAAAACCUAUUAAAAUAGAAAAUGUUAAACAUUCCUCUUUCCCUUACCCUUACCAAUGGACCAAUAAUCUAUAACUGGACUUAACAAUGAUUAUAAAGAACAUUUAGAAAGAAAGCUUUACAUUACCUUUCUCUAACAUAUGGAUCUUGAUGUGAUAUUUAGAGAUCAACACAGGACCAAAAUUGGUAUUUUAUAAUUCAGCAGAACAUGUCUGGAUUCUAACAUAGAUUGAAUCAACACCUUUCACUUGGUUUUUUACCAUGGCCUUGUGCUGUCCAUUCAGGCAAUACAGUUGAACAUUUGGAACUGAUAUCCUCUGAAUUCCUAUGUGAUCAAAAAUCUUCUGCAAAUAAAACUGUAGAUCCCACUUUAGAAACAAACAGCUGGGAAAACUACAAAUGUGAUUUCCUGUAUUUGCUUGAAUGUCUUGACACAGCAGUAUCUACUGUGCAUUCCACUAUGGAUUAAAAAACUGCUCCUUUUUACCCUGGGUUGCUUUACUUUCCUAAUGGUGCUGGCUAACCCAGUUAUCAGACAAGCCAUGAAAUUAUAGGACAAACAGUUGCUCUAAUACAUUGGAUUUGUUAAAAAUGGAAUGAUUACAGAAAGUAGGUGCCUAUGGAUAUAUGUCAUGUGUUACAUUAUAUUCAUGGUGGGGCAUAACUGACCAUAUGCCUCAUAGAAUGAAUAAUACGUUAUAUAUGAAUGUGUGCAUUGGCUCUUGCACCGGGAAGAAUAUGGGGAAUUUGGGGAACCCUCAUCUUUUCACAAAAUAUAUAUUUCAGUUUUUAUUCACAACUUUUCCUCCAUCCUUCCCACAACAUGUUCAUUGGCUGUAUAAAACCACCAAUGAAUUAAUAAAGCAGAAAUACAAUGAGGUGUUAUGUAUGUGUGUGUAUACAUUUUUGAGGUUUAACAGCAAAAUGUAAAUGCCCAGAACUAAUAGUCUUAAUCCAUGCUUCUGUUGUCUUUGUUGGAUAAAGGACAGCUUUUAAUUGUGUUCACCAGCAAUAAAAACCUCCUGUUGACCAGCUUUGUUCCACUGUGCUGCCAGGAGGAAGGGGCGAUUGGCAUUUUAACUGCCAAUAGUUCAGAAGUUGGAUUUGGAAAACCCAUUUGACAAAAAAAAAAAUGUUGUAAUCUUGUUGUAAUCAUGUCUUCACCUGCUUGGCAAAGUGUAUUUAGAAUGGUGUUAAAAUUAAGAAUUUCAUUUCUUGAAUCUGGGCACAGGUAUAACUCUCAAGGAUGUGUUUUGUAUUUGUAAACUUGAAAAAAAAAGUGCCAAAAACAACUGCUUCCCUACAGAAAGGAAAUCUUGUGUGAUCCAGAUGAAGAGCCAUUCUACACAUUACACAGAGGUGGUAGAACUUUUUGAAUUACCAUUUUAUAAUGUGGCUGGAUUUCACAAAAUGUAGCACGGUGCAAAAAGAAGCUCUGGUUUACCUCUUCCUGGUGAUAGUUUUCUACACUCAGAAAGCCUUUUAAGUGGGAGAGUGUUAAAAAUAAUGUCCUCCUACCUAUCUGUGGUCUGACGUUAUAAAGUCCCCAUUGCUACCUCUUUAUAAAGUGUAAUGUGUAGCAUGGCUUUAAUUGAAGUAAGGGAUAAGUAUGGGAAGUUUCUCACAUGACAAUUUUCUUGACAUAGUGUGUAGGUAAACCACAUAUAAAUUGUCUUGUGUACACUGUAUAGGGUACAUGUCUGUAUUGUCACAUUACGGAUGCACUUUCAGUUUUCCUACACAAAAAUAAUACCUGUGUUAAGGAAUUCAUUACACGUGAAGUUGCUUUUUGUUACUAUUGUUAACAAGAGAGAUGUCUAAGGUGGCAAAGUCUGAAGUGAUCUUGUCACUCUUUUGGAGGGAGGGAUGCAUUUACAGUAUAUGCGGUACAUUAGAUCUUAAACAAUGUUUCCUGUAACAGCUCAGUUAUUUUUAUAUGAAAUGUUAGAAAAAUAUAUUGUUUAAUGCAUUUCAGGACUAAUGAGCUGAUUGUUACCUCUCUGCUGAAGUAAAAUGUAACAGUAUGAGAAAUGUAUGGCAUAUUAAGGCCUUAAAAGCUAAUUCUAAUAAUAAUAAAAAGUGAAGUAUAUUUCCCCUUGCUUUUCUCUAAUCU